AUGGCCUGGCCCGAUGACGACAGCGACUCCGGGCCGGACGGGUUUGAAUACGGCCGCGACCCCCGCCCAAAGUCGCAGCUCAGCCGCCGCGCCACGCCCCGCGACGGCCCCGCCGACGCCGCGUCUGCGCCGCUGCCGAGCCUGACUCCGGCCGCGAGCCGCCAGGGCUCCGCGCCGCUGCGGCGUGAGGAGGUCGCGCGGGGCUCUGCCGCCAGCGGCGCGUUUGCGAUCGCGGCGCUUCAAGGACACAUGCCCGUCCUCCUUCCGCAGCAGCGCGGCGAUCCGCGCGCGCCCGUCGCCACCGCGGCCGCCGCACCCGCAGCCCUGCAGCCCUCACCCGGGCCGAAGGCGCCGGCGACGCCGCUGCCGCAGCAGCCACGCGCGCACCCCGCGCAGCGCCAGCGGGAGCAGUCGCCGCUGACGCCGCCGCCACCGUCGGCGGCGCAGGCUGUGCCAUCCCCAAAGGGUGCGGCAGAGGAGCCCGAUUAUGGCCCCUACGGCGGCGACUCGGACGAUGACUACGGCGCCCCUAAGAAAGGCAGCAGUGGCAAGAAAGGCAGCGGCGGCGGCGGCAGCGCGGGCGCAGGCGCGGGCGCCGCGGCGGCGCUGAUGGCGCGUCAUGGGUCGCUGCGUAGCCUCGGCAGCAUGGGCAGCCGCGCAGCGGCCGGCGGCCGGCUGGCGUCUCCGUCGCCGUCGCUGUCGCCGUCGCCGUCGCCGAGGGCGGACGGACUGCGGGAGCGGCCCAAGAGCCGG